UCUAGUCUUGUUAAGCGAAGCUCCGUUGAAUCCUUAGAUCGUUUGUGCCGCGCGGUGGCAUUACAUCCACUUUUACCCAAUAUUCCAUUUCCAAAUUGAGCAGUGGCCUUUUUUUAUUUGAUCAAAAUGCGAUGACACGGUGGAUGCAAUAAUAUUUAUACUCGUCUCCCUCUCAUCUAGAAUCCUAUCUUUUUUUCUGUCUCAUCAAUUUCCAACCCAUCUUCUAGAAAAGUUUUUCCCUCCUUCAUUCUUAAUUCUUCCGCUUCUACACUUUGUAAUCCGCCUUGACAUAAAAAAGUCAUAAUAACUCAUCCUACUCGUCUAAGGCUGUUUUCAUUCUCAACAUGCCAUCAACUGCUCCUGUCAUAAGGCCCAAGAGCCAUUCUGUCAAUGCUCAUAAGGAAGAGACCCCUAUCAGUUAUGACAUCAACAUUCCCUAUGUGGAUGUCAAUGGAGAGACCACCGCUAGAACUAGGUACCCAGAAUAUUUGCCGACAUGGGACAAAAUGUGGUUCGAGCCACUGCCCCCGUUUCACUAUGAUGAUCCUGCGCUGCGCGUAGAGGAUAGGUCCAAGCCUAACCUCUUGACUCCCGAAGCUAAAGUGACCGAAAUCCAGCCGCAGAUCGGCACCAUCGUCGAAGGCGUUCAGCUGAGCCAGCUCUCGGAUGCCGCGAAGGAUGAGCUCGCAUUGCUGGUUUCCGAGCGCAAGGUUGUUGCAUUUCCCGCGCAAGAUCUGAUCGAUGCCGGUCCCGAGGCGCAGGAACAGUUUAUGCGCCAUUUCGGAAAACCGAACUAUCAGCCUGUUUCUGGAACGGUGCGCGGCCACCCGGGCUUCCAUAUCAUUCAUCGCGAUGGCAACAAAGAAGAGAUCUCACGUUUCCUGUCGCAGCGCACGACAACGACUCUGUGGCAUCAGGACGUGAGCUACGAAAUCCAACCACCAAGCUACGUCAUGUUGGGGCUUCUGGAAGGCCCAGAAGUAGGAGGUGAUACCGUCUUCGCGGCGACCGAUAUGGCUUACAAACGCCUUUCUCCUACCUUCUGCUCCUGGCUCGACACUCUGCGGGCCGUUCACUCCUCCGCCAAGAUGAUCAACCACGCCCGUUUAACCAACAGCCUUGUCCGCAAAGACCCCGUUGACACCGUCCACCCACUGGUUCGGGUCCACCCCGUGACGGGCGAGAAAUGCCUCUUCAUCAACGGCGAAUUCAUCACCAAGAUUCAGGGUCUCAAGGAGCCCGAACAGCGUUGGCUCACCGACUUCCUCAUGAACCACAUCAUCACGGGCCACGAUUUCCAAGCCAGAGUAAGAUGGCAACCAAAGACAAUCGUUAUCUUCGAUAACCGCUGUACUCUUCACUCGGCAAUCGUCGACUACCUAGACGAUGACUACGGCGCAAAGCUCCGCCACAUCUUCCGCCUGACCGCACUGGGCGAGAAGCCCAUCCCCGUCUACGACCAGUUCGAGUAAACAACGACCGUAUCAGGCGAACAGCACGUCGUCUUGCAUUUUACGAAUCAUCGCUUUAUUAUCCCGGGCGUCCAGCGGGGAGUGCAAAACCUAUUGAGCGUUACGUUACUUCUGCUUAAAUUCGGGUUUAUUUGUUUUUUUGGGAAAGGAGUGCAAAAAUCGUUGACUUUUUUUUUUUCUUUCUUCCUUUUCUUCGCGGCAUAUGCAUUCAUGCGCGGCCUACGACUUUUAAUUCUUGUUUUCUCUUUUCUUUGCUUGGGAUACCUAUUCUUGUUUGCGCUAUAGACGGUUGGAUUUGAUUUGGAUUUGGAAUUUGGUAGUUUAGACUUGUUAAUCUCUCGCGAGAGCUAGCUUAUAGACAUUGUUAUUUGAUCUACUUUGAUAUUGGUUGUUAACAGGUUUCUCCUUUUCUAGUUCCGGAUAUAACAUACAUACUAUACUUUAAAUGAUGAGACACCAGCCUACUUUGUUAUAGUGAUUUUGGAUCUUGUUAAUAUACAAACCACUCAGAAUUCUUG